AUGGCAGACCUCAAUCUCCAAGAAGUCCACGACUUUAUGAUCUCAGUCGCUAAAAGUGCCGCCGACCGCAUCACCUCCGCGAAACCCACAACCUCCUCCUCCGGCUCGAAGAAGAACUCCGUCGACCUCGUCACCGAAACCGACCAAGCCGUUGAAAAGCUAAUCUCCACGGUCCUCCGCGAGAAAUACCCUUCCUUCUCUUUCAUGGGUGAAGAGACCUACUCGCCCGGCGACAAGCUCACGUCCGCACCGACAUUCAUCUGCGACCCGAUCGAUGGCACCACGAACUUCGUGCAUCGGUACCCGUACGUGGCGAUAUCGCUGGGGCUGGCUAUCAAUUUAAAACCCGUCAUUGGCGUCGUGUACAAUCCGUUUACGCAGACGCUGUACUCGGCGAUCAAGGGCCGAGGCGCGUAUUUGAAUCAGACCACGAGGCUGCCGCUUACACCGCCCACGCCGCUAGAGACUCUGAAUACGUGUCUCGUUGCGGUGGAAUGGGGGAGCGAUCGGAGCGGGAACGACUUUACGGUUAAGAGCGAGACAUUUAAGAAUCUGGCUGCGACGAAGGAGAAUGGAGGAGGCAUGGUGCAUGGGCUGAGGUCGUUUGGGUCUGCGGCGUUGAAUCUCUGCGGCGUUGCGAGUGGAGGGCUGGAUGUCUACUGGGAAGCUGGCUGUUGGGCGUGGGAUGUUUGUGCUGGGUGGAUCAUCCUCGAAGAAGCUGGAGGCAUCGUCGUCGAUGCGAACCCGGGCAAUUGGAAACCCAGGAUAGAUGAGCGCAGAUACAUGGCUGUACGUGGCGGAGAAGACCAGAAAGAGAUCAUUGAAGAGUUCUGGAGUCUGGUGCACGGCAGGUUCGAGGUCGGUGUAUAG